AUGCCCCCAACAAAACAGAAAAUGCAGGAAUUCACUUAUGCUCUAAUAUGGUUUAUUAGUACAAGAGAGAGAUUCGUUGUUGAGACAUCGAAAUUACCCAAAACUCGCAGGAAGAAAGGUAAUGUCGUUAAAAUUAUUUGGGAAGACCCUAGCACGUUAAUUAGUCAACGAUUUGACGUGAAAAUUCUCGAACUUGGCAGUGACAAAAAUCAAUUGGAAAAUAUUGUACUUGAUGAGGAUGGCAAUAUUUGCGACGAUUCAACAAAAGCUUUUUUUAGAUCAGUUCUUGAUAAAAAAAGAUCAUUACAAGAAGAACUUAAAGAAGGAAAUAAAGCUAGUAAAAUCCAAAAGACUAGUCUAGAACACAUCAUUUCAAAAAAAAAACCGUUAUUUGAACUCAAUGGAUGUAGUUCGAAAAAUCAAAAAACAAGCACGCCUUCUAUGAAAAUAGAUAAGCCAGUUAUUAAAAUUAGUCCUCAGUUAAAUAACAGUGAGCAAUCAAACCUUACUGAGAUUGAUUUGCUACAAUCAAAUCAAUCUAGUGUGAAUAAUUCUAAGAAUAAUCAGAGCUCACCCAUUGAAACUGAUGAACCUUAUUCUAUUAAUAUACUACCUUCGACGUCUGGAGUACAAAAAUUUGUUAAAAAUCAAGAACAAGUAAAUAAUGAAAGUAAAAAAGUUACUAAAGAUAUUGAAGUACUAGUUUCUGACACUGAAGACAUGGGAGCAUUACACACCUUUUUGCCAGUGACAGCUAGUGAAGAAAAUAAAAAAUUUUUGAAACAAAUUUACGCUGGCUUAUCUGCAGCGUAUCAAUAUCAAAAUACGAAAAUGUCGAAGAUGAUAAAAAGCUUCAAGGUAAAUGGAGAAAAUAAGAAAGAAAUUUCUCCGAAUUCUCACAUUUAUUUCCCCAUUAAAUUGAUUGAAAGCAUUGAACAAAGUGCUGUAACAGAAACAGGUAUGAUUGAUUGGAAGAAAAUAUUGAAACUAGCUUUGAUGGAAAUAUAUGGAAAUAGCAUUGCAAAUUAUAGUGCUAUUGGCCGAAAUAAAAACUCACGUCCGCCAAUUGACCAUGACAUCUAUGAAGGAAUUUUUCGUAGUGUUGCAACAUUGUAA